AAUGUCAUGUGCUUCUUUGUAAAGCGAGAAUUGAACUGAUAAUUAAUAGUAAUACAGACGAUAAAUAUUCAUAGUAAAUGGACAAAUGUUCAAAAAUUUGUAGUUUAAUGGUAAAUUAAUAGCGUAGAAAUUUUUGAAGCAACUUUAUUUAUAAAUCACAGAAUGACAUGCUCAAAUUUGACGAUUAAAUAUUUACCAAUUAUUUUGCUACAUUAGCCGAUUAUUUUUAAAGAUAUUAAUUCAACUAUUGUACUUCGUCAUAGUUAGCGUAUUAUUUGCUUUCAUAAAUCCAGCUUUAUAAAAUACUAAGUUAUAGGUAUAGUCUAUUGUUUAUCGUUUUCUUUCCCGUCACUGGGAACUUUUUAUUAAUCUGCGAUAGUUUUGUGUGACGUCGGUUUGUCGGUUUAGAUAACAACACACAUACUCACGUUUGUUACUGUAAUAAUGUCCUCGGUGAUUUUGUAAUUUCUUAUUUCUUUGUUAUUGUGAAGACGUUUACCCGACACAUUCAUUAAGCAAAAUCUUUUCGUUAAGUACGACCUAUCGCAUAUGAGUUAGAUAACAUGAGUUUGAAUACGUAGAAUCACAUAUAGAUGAGUUAUAUCGAGUUUAGUCACUUGUAACGAAAAGCAAGUGUACAUUCAUUGGAGGAAUGAAGUAUGCAGACCUCUUUACCAAGACAAACCAUCGGUUGCAUCGGAAAAUGUACUUCUGGACUAAGUAUCGAUGAAUUAGAUCAGAUUACAGAUAAUAUACAUAAAACUCUGACUCAUCCACGUGGAAGGGAGAUUUUUAAAAAAUUUUUGGAACAACGUGGUCUCAGGGACAACCUUGAGUGUUUGGCAUUGUACGAAACAUGUAUGCAGAUUAUCACAGAAGAGACAAACUUUUCAUACUCGAAAAAGGGAACAACACUGGAGUCGUUAAUCAAGAGAGUUAUGCAAGUGAAAGAAAUGGCUGAAGAUUUGGACGGUGUACCGCAGAUAGACAUGGCACUUCUAGAACGUUUCAAUGAAACGUUAAAUAGCGAUUCGAGGACUUCUUUACUCAGCAUAUUAGCAGAUACCAGAGAUCGGUGUCGCGAUCAUUUGAGAAACGUUCAUGAAAGUUUCAAACAAUAUGCAUCGGAACCGUGUCCGAUAAUUAAAUAAUUAAUAAACAUAUUUUUUUUUUGUAUCUUUGUGCCUUUAAAACUUUAUUCGUAUAGAUGCAGGAAGUUAUUCUCCAUUUUCUUUAAAUGUGUAAAAGUUAGCACGUGAAACAUGUUUCACGUAACAAUCUCUAUAUGUGAUGACGAAUGUCGUAUAUUUUCUGUAUACUUUUACUUAUUGAAUGUUAUACUGUAAUUAUUUAAAUUAUGUAAUUUAAUAAAAAAAGAAGCAAAAAUGAAAACUCGA